GUUGAUGACGCGCAGCGCCGCCCUCCCUGCUGCUGGUCAGUGUUGAGGCCGUUGCCGCUUCACCAUGAGGGAGACUCCGCUCUCAAACUGUGAGCGGCAGUUUAUUCUUCAGGCUAUCGCCGAGAAACAGCGUCUUGAUGGAAGACAGACGUAUGACUAUAGAAAUAUCAAGAUAACAUUUGGAACAGAAUAUGGAUGUUGUAUUGUGGAACUGGGAAAAACAAGGGUCCUGGCACAAGUAUCAUGUGAACUUGUUAUUCCUAAACUUAGUCGGCCUACAGAAGGCAUAAUUUUCUUCAAUUUGGAGCUCUCUCCAAUGGCUUCUCCUACAUUUGAAGCUGGCAGGCAAUCUGAGCUAUUAGUUAAAUUAAACCGACUGCUGGAGCGGUGUCUGAGGAAUUCCAAGUGCAUAGACACAGAAUCCCUAUGUGUUGUAGCAGGUGCAAAGGUGUGGCAGAUACGUGUAGACUUGCAUUUGUUAAACCACGAUGGGAACAUUAUUGAUGUUGCAAGCAUAGCAGCUAUUGUGGCAUUGUCUCACUUCAAAAGACCUGAUGUUUCUAUUCAAGGAGAAGAAGUCACAGUGUACAGUCCAGAGGAACGUGAUCCAAUUCCAUUGAGCAUACAUCACAUGCCCAUUGCGGUCAGCUUUGCCUUCUUCCAGCAAGGAACCUACCUAUUGGUAGAUCCAAUCGAACAUGAGGAACGAGUCAUGGAUGGACUUCUAGUAAUUGCCAUGAACAAACACCGUGAGCUAUGCACUAUUCAGUCCAGUGGUGGUAUAAUGCUUCUAAAAGAUCAGGUUCUUCGUUGUACUAAAAUAGCCGGUGUUAAGGUGGCAGAAAUCACAGAGUUGAUGCAAAAAGCUCUGGAAAAUGAUAAGAAAGUCAGGAAGGAAGGUGGAAAGUUUGGUUUUGCAGAAUCCAUCCCAAAUAAACGAAUCACUGCCUUUAAGCUGAAUGAAGCUCCAGUGGAUACAGACGGUGUUGAAGAACAAGUUGAAGAAAUUGUAUCAAAGGCUGAACCAUCCACACGACAUAUUCCAAAACCAAUUGUGCGUGCUCCUGGAACAGGUCAAAUUGGGGAAGGGAUCCAAAAUGAAUGGAUGAUUGAUGAGUUGGAGGAAGAGGAAGAAGAUGAAGAGGAUAUUGUUCCCGAACCAGGUGCCCAGAGUUUGGGCACUGAUAAUGAAAGAGCAAACCAACGUACAGAUGCUGAGGUUAUCCAACUGUCAGACAGUGAAGAAGAAGAGGUUGUAAUACUGGAACCACAAGAAACAGAAAAGAAAGGAAGAAAAAUAAAUUCUGAAGACACCCAGCAAACAUCAACAAAUAAAAUGGUGCCAAACAAUAAAAACAAGAAAAAACAGAAGAAAAAAGGAGCCCAGCUGUGAUUAUCUGUGAAAUAAUUUGACGAUGGAACCUUUUGAAGCUAUGCAGAAGUGCAUUACUUUGUUAUUCAUGUUAAUGUUUUAUCCUUGGAGGAGACAUAUAAAAUUGCACCGUUGCAAAUGUCAAGAAAUGGGUUUGAAUUGAUAUUCUUUACGUUUGCUUAUUUGUAAUAAGUGACUAUUUCAAGUAUGUAAAAUUUUGUUUGGAUAAAUUCAUUUAAAUAUUCUUUUGGGUCUUUGCUAACCAUUUAUCGAUACCUGGUGGCUACUUCUCAGGGAUUUUAAGUUUUAAUUCAUUAUGUCUGUGGUUAUUUUAGCAGUUCCACCUUUGUUGCUAAUUAAUGGUUCAAUGGAACUACUGCCAUUUGUACAGAUAUUGCCCAAGAGAGCCUAUGUGAAGUAAAUUUUAUCUUUAUUCCUCAACUUUUUAAACUUGCCUUUUUAAUCCUCUGUUCAAUCAAGUCUGUUAAUAUGCCUAAAUGUUGGCCUGUUUAAAUUGUUGUUUUCUUGAAUAAAGUCCUGUGGAGAAAUUUUGAAAUUGACUGAACAGCUCUGAAGCACCCAUUCUUACAAUUAAAGGCUUGUGUGACCAUUCAGAAUCUGA